AUGGCUUGGAGUACUUCUUGCUGCAUCGAUAAGUCAAACAGCACCGAGCUAUCGAAGGCCAUGAUGCCUCGGAGACGGAGCACUUUGUUGCGCGAGAGACAGAGCUCAAGGAAAUACACCAAACACUCAGUGGUGAUGGUAGUCGUCGCAUCGCUGUCCUUCACGGGUUGGGAGGAAUCGAGCUUUGGCAAUGCAGCUAGGAGGAUACUACAAGAACAUCCGUCUGCUCAACGUCUCGGUGGUGUAGAUUUGAGAGGGAGCUUGGGGGAGGUGGUAGAGGCCGUCAAAGGGUGGUUGAGUCUCCCCAACAACACAAGAUGGCUGGUCGUCUAUGACAACUACGUCAAUCCAAAAGUAGCGGGCAACACGGAUGCUGCGGCAUUGGAAAUUCGGAAGUAUCUUCCCGAAUCACAUCAAGGAUCGGUUAUUAUCACUACGCGAUCGUCUCAGGUCACCAUUGGCCAUCGCACUCCAGUCCGAAAGCUGGAGAACGUGCAGGAUUGCCUUGAAAUACAAUCGAAUGCGUCAAGUCGCAAAGAAUUGAUAAGUGAUCCCGACGCAGCUAAGCUUGUAAAAGAGUUAGACGGACUCCCUCUUGCACUUGCAACAUCUGGAGCAUAUCUCGAGCAAGUGACGACCAGUUUGGCGGAGUAUCUUCGUUUAUAUACGGAAUUAUGGUUGAAGCUGCAAAAGAAAAGUCCUGAGCUCAGCUCAUACGAAGGUCGACUCUACUCCACAUGGGACAUCUCCUAUAAGCAGGUUCAACAACAGAACCGACUUUCGACCCGGCUCCUACAACUGUGGCCAUAUUUCGACAAUCGGGAUCUCUGGUUCGAACUUCUUCUCCACAGCGAUAUAGGUGAUCCGGAGUGGGUUCGCGAGUUUACUGAAGACCGAGUAAAUUUCGACGGCGCAAUUCGGGUGUUGUGCAACCACGGGCUUGUGGAAGCAGACUCGACUUCGCAGAAGAAGGUGGAGUCUCAAGGUCGUGGAUUACGCAGCAACGGCUUCUGGCGCAUGCGGCUGGCUAUUCAUCGAUACGCAAAUGGCGGGAUGGAGUGGGCAGUACACAACCUGGGCGACCUCUACUCUGACCAAGGAAAACUGAAGGAGGCAGAAGAGAUGUACAUACGAGCGCUGCAAGGAUACGAGGAGGCACUUGGACCGAAGCACACAUCAACGCUCGACAUGGUCAAUAACCUGGGCCUAUUCUACGCCGAUCAAGGGAAACUGAAGAGGCAGAAAAGAUGUACAUACGAGCGCUGCAAGGAUACGAGGUACUGGACUCCGAGCCCCUUCCGAGACACCGACCAACCCUCAACACUAUACGGAAUCUCGGCGAUCUCUUUACAGCCAAUCAGGCGGGAAUGA